AUGUACAACACUUAUCUCAAUUCUUUUCACGAUCUACAGACCAAAUCGACCAAGUUCCAGCAAAGACUUCAGGAGCAGCGUGAUGAAGAUGGCUUUCUGUUCACUGAAGCUGCCGCUUUACUGAACAAGGCCAAUGAUGCCGCUUUUGAAGGACUUGAGAACUUAGUCGCCCAGCUUCUGCAGAUAGCCGAUGGCGAAUCCCCUAUUGGCAAAGAUGCUGUGCCGCAGCUCCCGAUUGCUAUUGAUCUCUUCCACAAGCUGGCCAAGUCCUGUGAAGGUUCUGUUGACCGCAUUGGUCAGGAGUUCAUAGAUACUACUCAGUAUGGCGGGGAGAACAAGCAAGUUCAGGAUGAUAUCACUGCCCUCCUCACCAACAUAAAUGGGGAAGUCCGCAGCGCACGAGGCGCGCUCGAAAGGGCAAAAGAAUCGUCUCAGAGGUGCUUGAAUAGUUUGGCGUCUGCUGAAAGCGAUUUGAGGGAUGCAAGAAAUAAGAGAGAUGGCUGGUACGACAUCUCCUCGUUCUUUGGAGGUGGCGGGGACAUCGACGAACAAGUCCGAGUGAACGAACGAAAUGUCAAUAGCUGCCAAAGACAUUGGGAUGAUGCUAAAAGGGCUGAGGAUGACUGUUGGAAUGUCCUUUGCAACCUGGAGAGGUUGGUCCCAUUGGUAGAGGAGCUCAAAACGGGCUUGGAUGGCCUUUUCUGGCAGAUGAAUGAAGAGUACGAGAAGAUCGUCAAGGACAGAAAGGUCAUCGAACGGACUUGGGUAGCCACUAGGGCGCUCGACUAUCACGUUAGCACAAACGACGUCGACACCUCCCGCGACGACAUUUUACGCCAUGUGGUUCAAUUGAUCCACAUGAGAGUUGAACAGGUUGAUGAGGAUCCGGAUGUCCAGCGAUUCAAGGAGAACAUCGAGAGAAGAAUGCGCGAGACCCUGGGCGAGGCUAAGACGGAAGAGCUCCACCAGGAGAAGAAGUUCCUCCCAAUGGAAGAUGCCGACUUCUAG